AAUCCGUGAUUAUGUUGAAUACAAAGAGGAAACAAAACAUACCAAUGAAUGGGAUCAUAACGAGCCAGCCAGUCAUUCGUGCGUAAUUGGGCACUUGGUCAGAGCUCCGGGUGCGUAUGUGCGUAAACAAAAGCACAUUGUGGUGUCAGCUCGGCAGACGGCUUGGAGCUGGCGCACGGAACGUACCUAAAGGCAUUGGUCUAUCACGGAACGGUCCUCUGGUCCACCACGAAACGGUCCCAUGAGGAGACAUGGGAUUACUUAACCAACGACCGCACACGUUGGAUUAAAACCACUAAUCUCUACAAGCAGUGAACGGAGAUACAGGAGAUGCAAGAUAUUCUUACCUCCACCAAAUCCAAACGUUAACGUGAUUUCCUUUACGCAGCAAAGUCGAUUUCCGUUUGGCACACGGGUUUUCUAUCUGCAAUCUAUUAGGAUAUUCUUCGAUUCACACACUAAAGGACAAUUCUACCGUUGGAAAAAAACAUCUUCAUCUUUAGACCGCCAUAACCUGGAGGUAUGAGAAACUUUUCAAUGCAUUAUUCGCUCAUCAUUCUGAUCAGAAUCUCGGUCGUUGAUGUGUCCUUCUGUUUCCAUUCUGUCUGUUUCUGACUCAAACCCCGUCGGAGUGGAUCCAUUGAAACGCUUCUCCGUGAGUAAUGCGUAAAUGUUGGACUCUCGUCUUCCAGCGGGCAUGCCGUGUGUCCAGACCCAGUGCGGCGUGUCUCCGCAGGGCGCCAGCCCCGCGUCGCAGCAGGGCGCCGCGGGAGAGGAGCGCUGCGGGGAAUUCCUCACGCCGGAGUUCGUCAAGUACAGCAUGGAGCUGACCAACAGCGAGGACUCCUCCGCGGGCACCUCUGGCCCCGCCGCCCUGUCGGUGGACGGUUACAGCAUCGGCUGCACUCCGAGCCCCUACGACGCCAUGAAACCGGCGUGUGUGUUCGGGACAGUGAUGUCCGCGCAAGGGGGGGGACCAGCGUACGUAAAAGUCGAGGACGCCGCAGCCGCGCAUCACCGGUACCAAUCAAACCUGCAUCCACCGCACGAACCGAACCAAGCGUUCACCUCCGCUGGCUCAGGGUACCUGCCGCAUGCAGCGCUCGCCUCCAACUUCCACACCGCCGGUGGACACUCCUGGGACGAGUGCUCCCCCCGCCAUGACUAUUUCGCGGCGGUGCAGCGGAAACACGCGGUGUCCCGGUUAUCCCUCUUCUCCCUGAAGCACACCCAGCACCAUGGAAACCAAAGCUUCUCCGCGUGCCAGAUGAAGUUCGACGGCUCGUUCCAUGUGUCGAUGAACCUGGACGUGGUGGGCACGCGGCAACUGUCGCUUGAGCCGGGGGGCUCGGGGGGGAUACUGUCCGUUGCCGACGCGCACGAGAAGGCUCGAGCAGGUGACACGGGGUUUCUGCACCCGCUCCAGCUUCCCCACGCGCACGGAUACGGGUCCGACCAGCAGCAGCACCAUUACGCCGAACACCGCGGGGUGCCCUCCUCCUGGUGUGCGUCGACCCCCGGGAGAGGGGGCCUGCCGGGCGCGGAGGGGCUGUGCGCCGUGUGCGGGGACAACGCCGCGUGCCAACACUACGGGGUGCGCACCUGCGAGGGAUGUAAGGGCUUCUUUAAGCGCACGGUCCAAAAAAACGCCAAAUACGUGUGUCUGGCUGCCAGGAGCUGCCCAGUGGACAAACGCAGGAGGAACCGAUGCCAGUACUGUCGCUUCCAGAAGUGCCUGGUGGUGGGCAUGGUGAAGGAGGUGGUGCGGACGGACGGGCUGAAGGGUCGACGGGGCCGUCUCCCUUCGAAGCCCAAAGCGACACACGACUGGUCGACGAAACCUGCCAUCUCCAUGCUCAGCGCGCUGGUCAGGGCGCACAUGGACUCGAACCCGAUCGCCUCCCGCCUCGACUAUUCUAAGUUUCAAGCAAACCCGGGAAGUCCAGGAGAAGACGAGGCAGAACACGUGCGGCACUUCUACGACCGUCUGACCGGAUCCAUGGACAUCAUCCGCAGCUGGGCGCACAAGAUCCCGGGCUUUGCCUCUCUGCCAAAACACGACCAGGACCUGCUGUUUCACUCUGCCUUCCUGGAGCUCUUCGUCCUGAGGCUCGCGUACAGGUCCAACCCGGAGGAGGGGAAGCUGGUGUUCUGCGAUGGCUCGGUGUGGCACCGGCUGCAGUGCCGGCGGGGGUUCGGGGAAUGGCUGGACGGCAUUGUGGAAUUCUCUGCUAACCUCCAAAGAAUGGAUCUGGACAUCGCCACCUUCUCCUGUAUCUCCGCUCUCGCCCUCAUCACAGAGAGACGCGGUCUGAAGGAGCAGGGCCGAGUGAAGGAGCUUCAGAACACAGUGGUGAAGUGUCUCAAGAACUCUCUCAGUUACGUGGCCGACGGCGGCCAGUGCGGACCGAGCCAUGUUUCGGGCCUCCUGGAGACAUUGCCCCUGCUGCGCACCCUGUGCACGUGCGGUCUCCAGAGAAUCUUCUACCUGAAGCUGGAGGAUCUGGUGCCCCCCCCUGCCACAGUAGACCAGCUCUUUCUGGACACACUGCCCUUUUAACCUUUAGACUUCCAUGUGUUUGGGCAGCAGAUCUGGGCAACCGUUUGAGCAGUUUGUCCGAAGAUGCCGAUCAGUUUCUUUCUAUGUCAUUCUGUGGGGCAGCUCCUUCUGUUUAUGUGUCCUCAUGGCUCUUAUGUUAAUCCUUUUUCCAGGCAAAUAAAAAUUGUUCUCCUCUGUUUACAUUAUAAGCUUGUUCUCAAGGUGUUUCUUAACAUAAGUGUGUCAAUGUCCUUGGCUCUUGAUUCUCAACAAAUUGCUGUUAUGGUGCUCAUGCAAAGCAAUGCUUCCUUUUAUAGAUGAAU